CAGAAGUUCUCUUAUAAGUUGUGUUUCACUCAUUCAAAGCGGUGUCCUUGGAAAGAGUUAAUUGCGCUAUCAGAGCUGGGAGUGUGAUUUAAUUCUGUGCAGGAAAACAGGAAUCCACUCCGCCCUCCGCUCUGUCUGUCUGUCUGCCUCGUCGCCUCGCCCGCUUCCUGCCUGUUGAAUAUACAGGGACCGAGUUUCGCUUUCCUCCAUAAGGACAGCUGAGUCGAGCCAGCAAAACACCCACAGACAGCAACCAACAGGAAAACUAGACUCGGGACGGUUUAAAAACGAAGGCAGAGUGUCGGGCAGGACUGGGAAGCGGCAUUGCUAAAUAUAUACAGUCCGGCUACAGACACCCGCUUCAACAGAGAGAACAGAGACGCUCAAAACGAGAGAGAGAAAGAACGAGGGAAGGUGUGUGUGAGAGAGAGAAGGAGAGAGUCUUUAAAAAAGAGGGGUUGUGUAGGUUUAAAACGAGAGCACUCGAGGACUCACAAAAAACCGGAGAAGCAUGGGCGAGACCAGGCUGCAGUGGUGCAAGGAGCAGGCGGACGAGGUGAAGGAGAUCAUGGUGGAGAAUUACAACAAGGCCGUGGAGCGAGAGGGCAAACUGGGAGAGCUUGAGCUGAGAUCCGAUGACCUGCUGAGUAAGAGCAAAACUUUCACCAAGUCGACGGCGAAGGUUUCUCAGCAGACCCGCUGGGAGAAUAUCAAGAUGAAGGUUGUGAUCGGUGGGGUCGUGACCCUGCUUGCCUUGGUCAUCAUCGCGAUCAUCAUCUGGUACAGCGUCCGAGAUGACCCAGGGGAGCAGACGAAGGUGACCCCAAGCGUGACCCCUGGGAACUGAGAAACACGAAGAGCAGAGGGACUGCAGACCCCCCCCCCCCCCCCCGUCUCCACCUGAUGCGGGUCUGGGACCCGGGUUCAGACCACGCUGGGGUCAGUCUGGUUCCUUUUCCACUGACAGACACAGAUGUGGACAGACUUGCUUCCUGCCUUCUCUCAGUCCCCAGAGAAACACACAGCAGUCCGGAUGGUUUUUUCCCCCACAGUACCCCUUUUCCACACCACAUGGGGCAUGGGGCAUGGGUCAU